UCUCGCCAGGCAGCCAUGGCCAGCAGCGCCCAGAGAGCCGAGGAGAGCAGGGGCAAACGGAGGAAAGAGAUGGAGAAUGAAGCUUCAGAAGAUGCUGAGGUGUCUUGCCUUGAGAAAACAGAUCUGGCUCUUUCUGAGGGUUCACAGUCCCCUUACAAACCUGAACCCCUGGACAAAGUUUUAAAUGAGAUGAACAAAGAAAUUAUGAACUUGUUAUCAAAAUAUGCUCAGAUUUUAAGUGAGAGAGCAACGACAGAUGCUUCUUAUGUCCGAGAGCUUGAUGGGAUCUUAAAAGAAGCCAGGACCCUAGAAAACAACUUAAAACAGAAAAAGGAGAGUCUGAAACAGAGGUUUGCUGUGCUUGCAAACACUCUGCAAGGUUAG